AAAAAAAAACGUAAGUGGGAACAUUUUGAAAUAGAUUAUAUCGCAAAUGGCCAAUUAAAAACACUGUUUCAGACGUAAUUCUCCUAUCUUCCUCGUCUCCUCACGCCUCCUCUGUAGCUCCCCCCCCCCCCCCCCCCCCCCCCCCUCUCUCUCUCUCUCUCUCUCUCGCGGAAUCCGAUUGAUCCAAACGGGCUAAUUAGCGGCGUCUGCGCAAUUACGCACAUGCGCACUGCGCGUAAUCUCAGCCAUUUUUCGAAGGAAACUAAUUAGCAGGAAUAAAGAGCCAAGUGUUUUUUUCUCCCCCCCCCCCCUACAGUGAUCAGAAGUCAUUCUACCUCUGGAGCGCGCACAAACCCUUCCGUCCCCCUUCUCUCUGUUUACUCCAGCCUAUAUGUAGCUUUAAUUAACACUCCUUUUUGGUAACAACUUGGAUCAGCCGCUGCUGUCUCUCUCUCUCUCUCUCUCUCUCUGUCUCUCUUUCUCUCUCCUCCACAUUUUUCCCCUCCUGCAACGUAAAAAAAAAAAAGAAAAAGAAAAAAAAACGUAGAGGAUCAUUCAUAAGGAAUGAGUGGGCUCUCUCAACGAUUGUUUUCCGGACUAUUACACUUCCAGCGUACGGAUCUUUGUACCAGCGCUGCUGCAGAAAUGUGUGGUCGUGAUGUGUCGCUGCUGUAGCCUCUGGUAUGGACAGUGGUGUGGGAGGAGGAGGAGGAGGAGGUGAUGGAGGGGGCGGAGAAGAUAGAGAUGCUGACCUCGGUCCGCAGGCGUCGACUCUUCCUUUCCUGACCCCGGCGGCCAUUCCUGAUAGGGGGUCAUCCUCUCAUACCUCAGCUGUGGUCCCUCCCAAAGAGCCGCUGAACCCACCUCUGCAGGUGGAAGAGGGUCCAGAGGGGUCUGUGGCCAGAGAGGAAAUUCAGGGAGGCGAGUGGAAGGAUCGAGGUCCACGUCCGCAGGAGAACGGAGCAUGUCAAAUGAGGGGGAUGACGGGAGACUUUGGGGGGGACCGUUUGUCAGGGCAGAGGACGGAAGAAGGGGUGGUGCACACAGGUGCGGGAGAGGUGUCCAUUACAAGGGGCCUCCCAGCAGCCCUCAACGACAGAUGCGUAGAGGAAAAGGAAGAGGACGAGGCCGUGUCAAACCAAAGCCAAACCAAAUCCAAAUGUUCUUUAUUACCUCAACAGAGCCAGCACAGCUCUGCUUCCAGCACUGCAAAGGCCAGUGGCACACUCGACAGCAAAACAGCCGCCUCUCCAAAGCCCUCCCCCACGCCUUCCUCCUCUCCAAAGCCCUCCACUUUUCUUUCCGCCUCUCCAAAGCACUUCAUGCCUUCGGCCUCCUCCUCUGCCCUGCUGAGCGAGACAGAGGUAAAAGACAUUAAAGGAGAUCAGGGCUGGAUUUCUGGGUUUCCUCAGAGCUUUAAAUCCCAGCAGUCUACUCUGGCUUUUCCACCGGCAGACGCCGAGUCUAUCGGCACACCGGCUGACGAUGACGGUCUGGCAGGGGUUCCUCAUUCUUCAAUUUCCAGUGGAGAUGGUGCCAAAGCUCCACAACCAAAUGACAGCCAGGUAGAGACGGAAGGGGAUGAGGAGAGAGACAAAGAAGGUGAACAGAAAGAUGCUGUCCUUAAAAACCAUGAACUUUCUCCUAAUUCACUGACAAGUCACAUGACCAUAAUGCAUUCACGCAACUCCUGUAAGACGCUGAAAUGCCCCAAGUGCAACUGGCACUACAAGUCUCAACAUACACUACAAGUCCACAUGAAAGAGAAACAUCCAGAGACGGGAGGACAGUGCUUGUGUGGCGCUUCGGGUGGAAAGUGUAUGUGUGGCGGCGUGACAAAGGAUGCGUGCGGGUACUGCAGUUCGGGGAAGCCCCAUCCUCGUUUGGCACGUGGUGAAACGUAUGCCUGCGGUUAUAAGCCGUACCGCUGUGAGGUGUGCGACUAUGCUACCUCAUCGAAAGGCAACCUCAGCAUACACAUGCAGUCGGAUAAACACCUUCACAACAUUCAAAACGGAGGACACGCCAGCGGUCACGCUCACGGUUCCCACAUGUCCAAUAACGGCAGCUCCUCUAACAGUCAGGCCGUGGAUGAGCCGACAUACAAGCUCCCACACACUGUACCCACAUCCACUGUCCAACCUCCCAAGGUAACGCCGCCUGCACAUGCCCACUCUCACAGCAAGCGGUGGCGGUGUGACGUGUGCGACUACGAGACCAGCAUUGCCCGCAACCUGCGCAUCCACACCACAAGUGAGAAACACACGCAUAACAUGCUGCGGCUCCAGAGGGGGUACUACCUGUCCCACUGCCGGAGCCUCGCCCCCCAGUUGAAACAUCUACAAAGCACAGGUGGUGAGCUCUCUUUGAACAUGCGACUGUCUGGUCAACAAGUUCCAGAACAACCAGUCCCUAUUGGAUCCACAUUGACUCCUUCUCCCUCCCCCUCUCCAUCUCCCCCUCCAGCCCCAUCUCUGUCCCCUACUGGACCCCUCUCCCUGUGUGUCUUCCAAUGCCUUGUCUGCUCCUGCUUCUCAUCAGACAGCUUAGAGUCCAUAGAACAGCACUUGAACAUCUCUCGCUCUCUUCCUCAGUCUGACUGGUGCUCACUGGUUGCUGGCGGCUGCCACUGCAGGUUGUGUGGCUACACCACUCCGCUGAGAGCUAAUUUCUCCUUACAUUGCCAGACAGACAGACACCGCACUAGGUACCAGCUUGCGGCCCACCUCCAGGAGGGCGGCGACAGAGGUCAGGAGGGCGCUGCCCUUAUUGCUAAGGGAAACCCCGUCCAACUGCGGUGCAACCUGUGUGACUACGUGACCAGCAGUCUGGAGAAGCUCCGUGGACAUUCCCUCAGUUCGCACCAUAAAGCCAGCACCCGAGUCUACCGAUUCUUGCAGCAGUAUGACGGUGAGGUUGAUGGAGGUUCAUGGCUGUUCCACUGUCUCCUAUGCAACCAAUCCUCCUCCUCUAAACUCCAACUGCUGAAACACAGUCAAAAUCCAACCCAUCAGCAGAGGGAAGGGCUACUACAACUACAGCCAAUGGGUGGAGAGGAGCUGGCAGCCAUUUUUACCAUCAGGAAAAGCUCCGACAUUGUUGCAGGAGAGCUCAGUGAGGCUAUGGAGACAUCCAGUGAGACCAUGGCUGGUCCUUUGGACCAAACCAAAGACACGUGUGACUUAGGGUUGAUGAAGUCUUCUGAGAAUGCAGAAACUUUGGGGGAGGAAAGAGAAAUGAGCGAGUUAUUGCCCUCAGUCAAGCGUCCAUCUUCUGGAUACGAGGAAAUGGAAAGCUCCAUCUCAAUUAAACGUCCCAGAAUGCACCAGCAGCAAAAUGAGAACCAGCAGACUGUCCAAUGCCCUUUGUGCCAGCUUAAAGUUCCAUACAUACAUCUUAGACAGCAUCUCACGCAUGUGCACAGCGUGGCCCAGGACUGCGUAGACAAGCUCAUCAGUGCCGUCACACCAUCUGUGGAGCAACUGCAGGCUCAGCCUGAGACGGAGCUACAGACAGAGACAGAAUUGUGCCCAGAUGAUACCCACAAAAAUAAAAACAUGAAAAACACUGAAAAUUGUUCUGAUUCUCAUGCCACAGUCCAAUUACAGGAAAACAAAGGUAUUUCAGUGGAGAAUACUGAGGAAGAUGUAGCUGCACCCAAAGACGUUACAGCGCUACUCACCCCACCCCUGGAAGACACCACCCCUCACCCUUCCAAUGGUAGACUGGCUCCUCAGUCGCCAACUCAUACGUCUCCCUCCUCCCCACCAGCGUCCCCAUCCAGUGACCCUCCUCCCCUUUCUGAUCGUCAUGGUUACCGGUUCCGUUGUAGCAGGUGCAGCCUGGCGUUUCCCACUCAGGAGAAGCUUCAGCUACACUGGCAGUACCAUGCCAUGAGAGCGGCGACAGAGUGCCCCCUCUGUUCCAGACAAUGCAGAAGUCAGGAGGCCCUGCAGAGGCACAUGCAGAAUACACACUCACAGCUGGACAACACACAGGCACACAAUACACCCAUAAUGCCUCUCACUACCCAAGAAUAUACAGAGAACAAUAAGAGUCCCGUUCAACAAGAAUUAGGUUUGUCACCUCAAGUCGGACAGGAAGCGGAAGAUGUUGAAGAACAAGACAUUGAAGAAGAAGGGCUAGGAAUGGAAGGAAAGAAGGAAGAAAAAAGUGAAGGUGAGAUUAAAGAGAAGGACACUGUUGUCAAACUUGAUGGGGGUGAGAAUAAUUUAACUGAACCAGACAAAGGACCACAAGACGAGAAAGUACCAGAGCACAGUUCUACCUCGCUGGUCAAAAAGAUCUUCAAUCCCACCAUGGAUCGCUAUCUAGACCCAUCCCGACCUUAUAAAUGCACCAUAUGUUCUGAAUCUUUCACACAGAAAACUAUUCUUUUGGUCCAUUAUAAUUCUGUGUCCCAUCUCCACCGGGCCCGAAGAGCCCUGCAGGAUUCCGGCCAAAGUCCAACUGCGGUUGAGACUCCCCGUGGCCCAGAUCCCAGACCCUACCGCUGUCGAUUGUGUGGCGUGGGAUACAGUCAGAGCUCUACACUUGAUAUACAUCUUCGCUCUGUUCUUCACCAGACUAGAGCUCGUGCUGCCCAGCAAUCAACUCCACAGACCCCAGCUUCUAGCACUCCUCCCACUACUGCAACCCAGGAUAUUGUUGCCAGAGAGGAAAUGUUCAAGAAUUUGCCCUUCUCCAAGAGGUCAGACACAGUAAACACCACUGCUUCUUCUUUAUUAGGUCCGAGUUUAGCAGUCGAGACCCAACUGACCCUCUCUGGACAAAUUGACAGCCAGCAGGCUAAAAUGAAAGUGGAAGAGCUGCUGGCAUCAAGAAACCAGCUAAUGCUUAUACAGCAACAACAAUUAGCCCAGGCACAAGUCCAGGCCCAGUUACAACAGCAUACGGCCCUCCUGCAUUCCCAGAUGAUACAGCACCUUUCAUUAGCACCAGAUAAUCUCCUUAAACAAACCUUCCCACUGGCAUCAGACAACUUACUGUCUCUGCAACAGCAACUUCUUCUGCCCUUUUACUUGUCUCCAGACAAGAAACUCAACCCAGAUUUAGCAAAGAGCCCAGAAUGUAGCCAUUUAGAAUCCAGCAGCAACAUCUCAAAAGAACAGUUUAAGCCAGAGGCUAGAAGAGAUCCCCCAGUUGAAAAAGAGAAACAAAAGCAGACACAAUGUUCAAAUGUAGCUGUUAGCUUACCAAAUGAUCAUGUACAAUGUGAAGCAAAUAUUGAUGCAGGAUGUGAUGAAGUAUCCUACAACCACAAAGAAAAGGAAAACACAUCCAGCCUUGAGGAAACAAUGAAAGAAAUGUCUGCCUCCACUGUUAAAACUGAAGGGCAGAAGGAAGAAACAAAUGCCUCCUCUCUUAACAUUCCUGGGUUGCAGUGUCCUCCUCCCAGAGUUCCAUAUGCUGCUGUGAAUGGGGAACCUCUCAGAGCUUUACUUCAGUGUUAUGGGUAUGAGAUGGCUCUCCAAUAUAUACAAAACAGACACAGACACCAGCAGCAGAUAACAACUCAAAUGAUAAAUAUCCAAGAUUUCUCUAUCAAUAAGAAUGAAGUGUGCUCUGGAGAGGAAAAGGAUGAAUUAAGGCAACCAUACGAUGGAAAUUUGGCAGGGUUUAACCUAGAAAACAAACAACAAACACAAGAUAAUGUACAGAUGGAAGCCGCAUUGCUUGAUGAAAAGCAGAACAAAGAGGACAAGUCCACAUACCAAAAGAAAGGAUGCUGUGGAAAAAGAGAAAAGUGUAGAGACUGUGGUAAAUUUUUUUCAGAUGCCUUGAUUUUAAAAAGUCACCAGGAGUACAUUCACCGACUGCUGUUUCCCACUGCAGUACUGGAAAGGUUUUCCAGAGAAUAUAGGUUGCAUUAUGACCAGAUGUACCCUCUAACACAGCCUAAACCAGGAGAGAAUCUGACUGCUGACACUCAAACUGAAGGCCCAGCUACAUCUUCAGAAUCUGAACCAGGAGUGGAACCAGCUAACACCCAAAUAAGAAAAAACACACCUUCACCCGCCCCCUUAGUGUCAGAUCCAGUUACCAAAAAAAGUAGUCCUGUGACAGAGCUGACACAUAACACCCCUGAACCUUCACCUCCAGUAUCUCCUUCUGAACCUGGACCAGUAUGUCCACAACAGCAGGAGAUCAUCCCAAGCACAUAUGCUACAUCUACAUCUCCAACUAAGGCUAUAUCCCUUGCUUUACCUAAAAUACCUAUGCUCCCUUUGCCCUUGCCACAACUUCCAUUACCCCCCCUACCCCCACUACCUUUACCGAAGCUUCCACUACCACCCAUUCCUUUUCCAAUGGAUCUACCUCUUCUACCUCCUGUUCUGAUGCAGUCCGUGGCUCUCCAGCCCCAGCCGUGGUUGGAGUCAAGUGUGAACCCUGAACUGGCAAAACACUACCAGUCGCAACUUAGCCCAGUAUUGCUAGGACAACAAUCUCAGCUAAGUCCAGCAUUAUUACCCCAGCAACCCCAGCUCAGCCCAACUUUGCUAGGCCAGCCUCAACAGCUCAAUACUGCAUUGCUAGGCCAACCAUCACAACCCAGUCCCAUCCAAGUAGGACAACAAUCCCAAGUCAGCCCAACACUACCUGAGCAACAACAAUGCAAGAGAACACGAACGCGAAUCUCUGAAGAGCAACUGACUAUUUUGAGAAAAAACUUUGAUAUUAACAGUCUCCCCAGUGAUGAAGAGGUCAACAAGAUGUCUGCUCUGUCUGGUCUGCCUCACAAAGUCAUCAAACAUUGGUUUCGCAACACGUUAUUUAAAGAGCGCCAGCGAGACAAGGAUUCCCCCUACAACUUUAAUAAUCCACCAACCACUGCCCUGGAGGAGUCCAGAGGGGAAGUAACCCAAAAUCAGCUAAUAGAAUGUUCACUAUCUUCAGUGUCUCCGGGCCUUCCAGUUAACAGUUCGCCACAAUCCCAGACAUCCGACAUCCAGAGAGGGGAGCCCAAUAGGGGCCGUCGCUCUUCGCGAACCCGCUUCACUGAAAAACAGUUGGAGACUCUGCAAGGAGUGUUUGAGGCUACUCCCUACCCCAGAGAGGAAGAAUACGAUAGAUUGUCAGUGCUACUGUCCCUCCCUAAUAGAGUCAUUGUUGUGUGGUUCCAAAAUGCUCGACAGAGAGCCCGCAAAAAUCAGGACAGGGGGCCAGAUGAUGGGUUAGAAGGGAAGAACCAACAUGAAAACAUUUAUAGACAGAGAAAUGGGUGCUCCAAGAGUGAUAAUUGUGAUGAUGAUAAUAAUGAGGAUAACAGCUGUCAAGAUGGGCAAAGUGACUGUCAAAAUGAAAACUCCAUGGAUUUGACUUAUGAGUACUACACCCACCCCGACUCACCAGAUGCUGAUUCUUCUCUUCACUGCACAGAAAUUGAGACAAUGAAUUCCAAAGGUGAAUCAUCAUCUUUUACUACAGAAGAAGAGGGAAAAACCAGCUUGGUGCAAGCUAACAUGAAUAACGACCUUGUUCAAACACAACCCGUAACUCCAGAUGCAGAAAGUCAGCAGAAGGUAACUGUUGAGGCCAUGCAGAUUCUUUCUUCUCCAAAACCUGAAUCCCAGCUGGAGCCAGCAAUCAGUUCAGAGAGACCCCAGCCUCACCCGACCUGUUCUUCUCAAAAAACUCUUACCACUAUGUCCUUGACAUCUAAUUCCAGGAAGGGACAUACAAACAGCCUUCCUUGUGAUCUAGCUGUUGAAAAACCUGCAUCAUCUAGUCUACCUUCUCCUCCAGAGGCUCAAACAAACCAAGCUCAACUCCCUGACAUAACAUCUGGCCUAUAUACAGAAACACGGUCCCAAAGCCAGAUCCAACCCCUAAAUCCUGCUCAGUUCCAGUGCUCUUUCUGUCCCUUAUCACUGCCGACAUUCCAGCUGUGGCAGGAGCAUCAGACCAGGCACCUCUUAGCAGCUCAGUCCCAGGUUCAACUUUUCCAUUCUAGCUUCACAGACCGGCCCAUGCCUUACAUGAUGCUCCACCCAAACCACACCCUGAUGGCCAGCCAAAUGCUUACAGGAGCCAUGUCUCAGUUGCAUCCGACUUCCACACAUCCCAUGAUUUCACAAAUACAUCAACAUACAAAUGGUAUACAAAUGAAAAACACAAUUUCUGAUAACACAAGUAACAUCCUCACCAACCUCUCUCCACCGUCUCUGUUACCUGUGAAGCAAAGUUCAAAACUUAUGCCAGAAACUAGCUUAGAAGCCCAAAGGGAUGGGAGAGAAGUUGAAGAGGAACAGAGAAGGGAUAAGCGACAGAGAACUACCAUUACCCCAGAGCAGCUGGAAGUGUUGUAUCAACGCUACAGCUUGGACUCCAACCCCACUAGAGGAGUCCUUGAAAGUAUUGCACAGGAUGUGGGCCUCACAAGACGUGUGGUUCAGGUCUGGUUUCAGAACACCCGAGCGCGAGAGAGAAAAGGACAGUUCCGAUCAAUGGGGGCAGGAUCCAGUUUCAUCUUGGGUUUGAAUCACUUGCGUUGCCCAUUCUGCAGAGCUCUCUUCAAGGUAAAGAGUGCUCUGGAUGCCCACAUGAGGUCACGUCAUUGGGCAGAGGCAGAAAAAACAGGCUAUAACUUGUCAAUGAGUAAUGUGUCCAAUGGUCACACUGGGAGCAUGGCUACAUCAUCGAUCAUGGACAGGCCAGGUCCGUCUGUGUCCUCCAGCUCAACCCCAAAACCUCGCUAUGUCAUCAACCAUAAAGAUCUCUCCAUGAAGUCUCCGCUGAGCUCUUUGUUUUCAAGUACUGAUACGAACAACCCGGAGGAGGAGGAUGAAUAUGCUGAAGAAGAAGAGUACCCAUAUGAGGAGUGUUCUAGUAUGGGUGAUCAAGGUCCUCUUACUCCUGAAGGAUGUGGAGAACUGUGCUCAGACUGGGGUGGAACGCAAAGUCAACAGCGGUAUCAUCAGCAGCGCCAGCGGACACAGAUGACCCACUUCCAGGUUCUCCAGCUCAGAGACUUUUACAGAACCCACCAUACACCCAGCCGUCACGAAUGUGAGGCACUUGGCCAGGAGCUCGGACUUCCUGUCCGUGUGGUGCAGGUGUGGUUCCAGAAUGCCAGAGCCAAGGAGAAGAGGGCUAGGAGCCUGAGCUCAGACUCUACAGACAGGGAUCAGGCUGAGCUGACUGCAGGGGCAGGGGAGAGAGACAGAGCUUAAGAGUGGCAGACUAGGGUCACUUUGCUUCUGUUGGUUACAUUUUCUCCCAAAUGCCCUUUGAAGCUACACUCUGUCCACUUUGCUGCCAAACCUGUAACCUGGACACCCCAAAGAUGCAGAGCCACAGUGGCCAAAGAGAAGUGCUCUCAACUGAAAGUAGGAGAGCCCAAAGUCCUGUCUACCAGUUUUCCUCCAUCCGUAUUGUCCUUAAUCUCUUCCCUGGCUCACCAUUUAUUGUAAAACAGAGCUCCUUUUCCCUAUUCUGUCAGACACCCUACUACAACCAAACACCACCUUGAUUACAAACCAACCAGAUGCCACAGAGGCCAAAGAGCAUUCUCAAAGCAUGUGACCUCACUGCCCAGCUAGACCUGCAGUCUACCUCUCGGUCUGCCCGACAUACUCCAAGCGGACCCUCCACCUGACACUGCUAGCUGACUAGCUGUGUAGCAUGUGACACCAGCCCAUACAAGGCUGGAAAAGAAAUUAAAGAGAUUUUAGUGUAAAUAAAGAGCUCCAAAAGAUAAACUUGAAAACAAUGAAGUGGUGGGAAAACACUGAAUAAUACCCUUGAACUAGAUGGAGGUAUUUGCAUAGAGCUUUUGUUAAGAAUGACUCAGAUUCCAAAGCUCAUAACCAAAAUUUUACAUGUCUGUGGAUUUAGUUUCAACAUGUUUGUUUGCAGUAAACAAACUGCGGAGCUGACGUCUGUAUAGUGAAAGGGUGAGAGCUGCAGAUGGAUAAGCUGAUUACCAAUAGACUUGACGCAGUGCCCGAGAGCAGCUUCACCCUCUACAAGCCAAUGAUGAGUCUUCUGUUGUACACGUCCACCUUCUAUGUUCUUUUAGUGGAUAACAACCCAAAUAGCACAGAACGUAAAGGCCAGUUUGCCCCUCAAAAAGAGGCAAACUAUUUUUUAUAGCACUCAACCAUUAUACUGUAUAUGAAAACUUUAACCAAACUCAAAUUGACAUUGUAUGUGUGAGUGUGUGUGUGUGAAUGUGUUUAGUAAUAGUUUCUUUAUAUAUAUCUUACGGACUGAGAUAAACUGUCUUGCUUCAAUACAAUAGUGUCAUGAUUCAGAAAAGAUUAUGACAGCUUUGAUAUUUUUCAGGCAAGGAGAAUUUACUGCCUUUCUGUUCUAUUUGAAUAUACCAAUGGCUUACUAAUGUUAUGUGAUUAAUGUAAAGCUUUCUACGCUCAGGUCCAUGGUUCCACGUGGCUCUACUUCAGAUCUGAUCUUACUGGUUUAGUUUUUUUUUAAGCAGAAGAGGCAUGACUUAACUUUUAAACUGACCCAAGUUGUACAAGAUUAUCUGCAAAACCACUUCUGUAUUUCAAAGAUCUGAGCUUUUCACCUGUGAGUCAUAGAUUGUUACAUAAACCUUAUUGAAACUAAAGUGUUUAAUAGCGUGAGGGGUAAAUGUACAGUAUUUAGCUUUUGUAUGGUUGACUCAAGACUUCGUUGGAUGUUUGAGAUGUUCCCCUUUUUUCGCUUAACAAACAGGGAAUUGCUGCGCAAAGCUGAGGAAAAUUUGGGAUGUUGUUGAUGUUAUUUUUGUAACUUAAUUUAUUCCCCCUUCCCCAUUUUCUCUCCACAGUAGUUAUCUUCUUCCUGUGUUCAUUUGCAAACGUCUUUACGUUAACAGUAAUAAUAUUAUAACAAUAAUAUCUAAACAAUAAUUAAUGCUUUAAGACAAAAAUCCAAAGACGUGAUAAUACUUUAACCAUAUGACCUACAAAAAAAGAAGGAAAAAAAAGCGCUACUGUUUACUUGAUGAUGUUUAUUGCUGUUUUUAAAGGAAGUAAGGAGUCUCUAUGUCUAAGCUACUGUUUUCUGCCUCUCAUAAGCACACUGGAGACUGUAACCAAAACCCCAAACUAUAGAGCCAUGGCAGUCUGUAAUAUAACGGUUAAAGAGUUUUACUUCUCUUGAGAAAUGUGGUUUAUUUUUCCUUGUUUUUUUGUUUUUUUUGAAGCAUAGUGUUGAACUUCAGCCCUUAAGGAUGUCCAGUUUGCUGC